AUGCAGGUUUCGAGGGAAAAAACAGAUGCGCUUUCGUGGUGUUUCCUUCUCACAUUGAGCAUUGGCUCCCAGGUCCUCAAGUUGCAAUAUCCGUUGCGGCUUCUGCGUGCCCAGGCCGCCCGAGGCGGCUUCUUUGCCGUGUCGCCGCAGUCAUCGCCACUGGCAAGCCUAGGUGCUGCGGCGCAUGUGAGGGAGGCGCCACAGGCGCCCUUCCCAGAGGUUCCAAGCUGUUGGGUCGCGCGAGUCCGCCGCUCCAAGACCGUUGUUGAGGUCCCCCGAGGUCCUCGCAUCCAGCUGCCUCCGGGAGCCAUUCCCAUUCCAGAGCGGAAGGCGUGCAUCUUGAGAACGAGAACUGCAAUGCCUGUUCGUCAGAAGGAGGCGUCGUCCACUUUGUUGGGCCGCCUCAGUCUUUACUGA